GGGCCCCUCCCAGACUCUGGGGCUAUAAGAGCUGGCCCGCAGUGUGUCUGACUCACCUGUCCUGUCUUCACCUGGAUUCAACAUGAAUUUCGUUCCUCCUCCAGGAUACCAGCCCAUCUACAACCCUACCGUUCCAUACAUCGGACCCAUCUAUGGCAAUCUGCGACCCGGAAUGUCUGUGUAUAUCCACGGAGAAAUCCCGCACGAAAUCACCAGGUUUCAAGUGAACCUGCAGUGCGGAAACUACGAGGGCUGUGAUGUGGCCCUUCACUUCAACCCGCGCUUCGACGGCUGGGACAAGGUGGUAUUCAACGCCUUCCAGAACGGGAGCUGGGAGAGGGAGGAGAAGAAGAGAGAGAUGCCAUUCAGGAAGGGGGAGACCUUCGAGCUGAUCAUCAUCGUGAACCAGGAGGGGUACCAGAUCAAUGUGAAUGGACGGGAGUUCCACCUGUUCCAGCACCGCAUGCCCUGCGAGCGAGUCGACACGCUGGAGAUCGGGGGUGACGUCAUCAUCCAGACCCUCAACGUCAUCGGGGGGGCCGUGCUUCAAGGUGGUAUGCCAGGUUAUGGAGGAGGAUUCAUGCCGCAACAAGGUGGAGGGAUGCCAGUAUAUGGGGGACCGGGAGGGAUGGAGGGAUAUCCAGGAGGGAAUCUACCAAUCAUGGGAGGGCCAGCUGUCUAUAACCCAGUUGUUCCCUACUUCAAUAUGAUCCCAGGAGGUCUGACUUCCAAGAGGACUAUAAUUAUUCGAGGGAUGGUCCUGCCAGGAGGCAACAGGUUCAAUAUUAACUUCAUGGUGGGCUACUCGCGUGACAUCGUGUUCCAUCUGAACCCGCGGAUCUCGGAGAACAUCGUUGUGCGGAACAGCUUCAUCGGGGGCAGCUGGGGGCAGGAGGAGAGGGAGCUCGAGUUUAACCCCUUCCAGGCAGGACAGUACUUUGAUAUCUCAGUUCGCUGUGGUAACCAGCGUUUCAAGGUGUUUGUGAACGGUCAGCACCUGUGCAACUUCAACCACAGGUUCAUGGAGUUCCAGCAGGUGGACACCAUCGAGGUGCAAGGAGACGUGCAGCUGUCCUACGUCCAGUUUUAAUAACCCCAGUCCCCAGGCCUCCCAUCUCUGACCCUCCCCUUAGAAAAGUUUCCCACAGUAAAAGCACAGCAAAGUGUACUACAGCCCAGUGAAAGCAUAGGCAAGCAUUGUAAAGAACAGAGAGGUCUGGUAAAGCAUAGGGAAGCAUUGUAUUAUGUUGGGGAUAUAGAGGAUAUUAUGUGGAUUCCAGUGUAAGCAACCCAAGCACUGAUCAAAACCACAGCCCUCAAAAUAACAGAAGCGCUCCGUGAAGAAUAAUCUGCACAGCGCCACCUUGCGUUCCGUUUGGGCUUCUCUCCAAAUGUGUGCCCCCCCCCCCCCCAAAGAGAUGGGAGUUCUUUUAAAAGAUGUUUAAAUAAAAUCUGCCCCAAUUUAAAUAA